CGCCGCCCGCCGGAGCCGCGGCCCGCGCCCCUCCCCCGCCGGCCACCGGAGCCCGACCACAAUCCCAGGGAGCCGGCGGGCGGGGGCGAGGGCCUCCCUCGGGGCGGACGGGCUGAGCGGCACCAGUUCCCGGCUGGGACGCCGCUGCUCUGCCCGGCCGAGCCGGGAAGUCCGGGGCGGACGAGCGGAAACCCCAGGGUCCGGCCGGGCCGGGAGCCAGCCGCGCCGCCGGACGUCCCAGAUUCCCGUUGUUGUUGUUGUUGGUAGUCAGUGCACGAAAUUCCUCCCCAGCGCCUCCUCCCUCCCGCCCCACCUGCUCCGCGGCCUCCCGGCCCCGCCACUAGGGAGCCUGCGCCCUCAGAGCCCGGGUGUCGGAGCGGGUGCCGGAGCGCGCAUCCGGCCGCCAUGGGGAAUGGGAUGAACAAGGUUUUGUUUAUUUUUCGUGUGCACAGACCAGUCCUGUGGACCGAGAAUUGACGGGCCCGCGUCCUCAGAUCCUGCCUGGCCUGUAUAUUGGCAACUUCAAAGAUGCCAGAGAUGCAGAACAGUUGAGCAGGAACAAGGUGACCCACAUCCUGUCUGUCCAUGAUAGUGCCAGACCCAUGUUAGAGGGGGUUAAAUACCUGUGCAUUCCAGCAGCGGAUUCACCAUCUCAAAACCUGACAAGACAUUUCAAAGAAAGUAUUAAAUUCAUUCACGAGUGCCGGCUCCGGGGAGAGGGCUGUCUUGUCCACUGCCUGGCCGGUGUCUCCAGGAGUGUGACUCUGGUGAUCGCGUACAUCAUGACCGUCACUGACUUUGGCUGGGAAGAUGCCCUGCACACUGUGCGUGCAGGCAGGUCCUGUGCCAACCCCAACCUGGGCUUCCAGAGACAGCUCCAGGAAUUUGAGAAGCAUGAAGUCCAUGAGUACCGGCAAUGGCUGAAGGAGGAGUAUGGAGAGAGCCCUUUGAGGGACGCAGAAGAAGCCAGGAACAUUCUGGCAACUACCCUACGGAGACCUAACACUGCGACCUGGUGCCUGCAUUUCCGCCAGGCGCCCUGGUGUGCUGGGUGCCACCUCGCCUCUGAGGACAGGAGGGGCGGGUGGCGAAGAAGGUAGGGAGGGUGGCGAAGAAGGUGGAUCCGGGCUCCUACCCAGGACCUCCCCAGCCCUGCCUGAGGCCCUUCUACUCUGUCUUCCCAAAACGUCUGCACUGUCUGGAGGCUGCUUGCUGCCCACACUGUCACUUGCCUCUGUGAGGGUCAGUGUGCACGUGUGUGUGUGUGUGUGUCUGCAUGUGUGAGUGUGUGAACAGUGCCGAGCACUCUCAGUUCACACUGCCAGCUGCUACCACCCCCUUUCCUUUUGUCCAGUGCUCCAAGUGAGGGCUUUCCUGUCAGCAUCUGCAGUGCUGCGCAGCCAGAAGCAGUCCUUGUCUGUGAGCACGCACUGAGAACUCGGGGCAGUGGCUGAAGGCAGCCGCCCCCAGAACACAGGUGGCCAUGGCAGGGCAGCAGGUGGCCAGACUCCCUCUAAUAUGGCUUCAGGGGCCUUGAAAGGUAGUGGCGGUCAGUGUUCUGACCAUUGCCUAGACUUAAUGACAGUGCCCAGCCUGGACUUCCUGCUGCCUCAAGUCAGGUCCCCUUGCAGCCCAUCAUGUCCCCAGGUUCUGCGUGGUAUUUGUUCUCUCUGGCACCCACUGCAUUUUAGUCCCGUGGGGAUCACUACCAAUUCAGCCAAAGCUGUGUGCUCAGAAUGCCCUGCGUUUCUCUUCCCCUCCAGCUUCACUCUCUCCCAACCACUUGCUGUCUCCCUCUGCAAGGGGCUCUUCCAAAGGCUUGCUCGCACCUUUAGGUAUUGGGAAGAAAGAACAUGUAUUAGGCAUUGUAGCAGUUUGCAUUUAAAAAUACAUUUUUAAAUGUGCACUUAUUGAGCACCUUUGUGUAUGCUGUGGAUUUGAUCUUUGAUCUCAGCUACCUCAUUAAAUGUUUUUUGAAAAGGUG